ACAUUUUACCACUCGGGAAAGCAUUCCGUUUGCAAGCUCACGCACACACGCUCAAAGCGCAAUCUCGCUAGCUGUCAUAUUUGCAGCCGAAGUAAACAAACCGGCUGUCAUUAGCAGCAGGCAACAGCAUAGUUUCGUCGAGUAAUUUGCUACGCACUGUUAGUUGUUUUCAUUGGAGUGAAAUUGUGGCAAAAGACAAUUAAAAGCUCCUUUACUCGAUGGAGCAGUUGCUACCGUCUUCAUCUGCAUCAGUUCGCAAGAUGAAAUCGAAAGAGUCCAACUACGAUCCCAACAUUCAUCGUUUACCCUGGUACGGUGGUCUCCUGCUGAUUGGCCUGGUAGCGUUCUGCGGCACGGGAAGUUAUCUGUCCUUCUUCUACCUACCCCCGGCCCUCACCGAAGCCGAUCUGGCCAGCCAUCCGUUCGCGUUCAAUGGUGCCCGAGCGUGGGAUAGUCUCACGCGUCUCGAUGCACUCGGCCCAAAACCGACCGGUUCGCGAGCCAACGAAGAAUUGGCCGUCCAGCUGCUGGAGCAGGAGUUUGCCCAGCUGAACGCAUCGCGCCACCCUGCCCAGGAAGUGCUGUACGAGAAGCAGAUAGUGUCGGGCCAGUAUGGGAUCAAUUUUUUCGGCAGCCAGUUGACAAGCGUGUACCGGCGGGUGCAGAAUUUGAUCGUGAAGCUUGCCGGUCGGGAGGAUCAGCAUGCGUUGAUGUUGAACUGCCAUUUCGAUUCCGUUGCGAGCAGUCCGGGUGCGAGCGAUGAUUGUGGCAGUUGUGCGGUCAUGUUGGAGCUUUUGCGCGUUCUGUCACGCGCGCCGGAACGCAACCGUCAUCCGGUCGUGUUUCUGUUUAAUGGGGCCGAAGAAACGCCACUGCAGGCUUCACACGGUUUCAUUACCGGGCACCGGUGGGCACAACAGGUACGUGCCUUCCUGAACCUCGAAUCGGCCGGAUCCGGUGGUAAGGAGCUGCUGUUUCAGAGUGGCCCCAAGCAUCCGUGGCUGAUAGAAGCGUACUCGCGAGCCGUUCGGCAUCCAUUUGGCCAGGCAAUCGGUGAGGAGAUCUUUCAAUCCGGCUUAAUACCGUCCGAUACGGAUUUUCGCAUCUUUCGCGACUUUGGCCACAUACCGGGGCUGGACUUUGCGCACAUCUUUAACGGCUACCGGUACCAUACGCGGUACGAUUCGGUGAAGUACCUUUCGCCGGCCGUUUUACAGCGUACGGGCGAUAACGUUCUUUCCUUGGUACGACUCCUUGCCAACGGUGACCAGCUGGCCCGCAGUGUAGGCGAACCGUCCGAGGGAACGAUGGUGUUUUUUGAUUUCUUGGGCAUAUUUUUCAUCUCGUACUCGGCGAUCGAGGGCACGGUGCUUAAUGUGAUCGUAUCGAUAGUUGCGCUACUGGCUGGCUGCUGGAGCGUUCUUUCCUGCGUCGGUUGGCGUAACUGGCGCUCGAUGGGAUUGGAAAUGCUGCAUGGAUGUGUGGCUACGUUGGUCGGUGCUGGGGCAGCAAUAGGGGUGAAUCUUGCCACCGCUUUCGCACUGGAUUACGCCGCGGAUCGUUCGAUGUCGUGGUAUUCAUCGAGCUGGCUUGUAAUCGGCCUGUAUUGCGUACCAUCGUUGGUGUUGCUGUUCGUUGUUCACCGCGAAUUCCACAGACUAUUCAGCAAAUCGAAGACCGUCCUGUCCCUAACACUGACGGUUCAGGCUCGAAUUACCGGCGUAUCACUGUUUUGGUCGCUGAUCACCCUUGGUGCUACUGCGUACGGACUUCGAUCGGCUUACAUUAUCGUCGUACUGCUCACGCUGUCUCUCUUGAGCACUGUGCUAAUCACCGUACUAAAGCUACAAUCGUUCCCAUCCGGCUACUGGCUCACCAUUUACCUAAUCGUGCAGUGCGUCGCCCUUCUCUGGACCACACAGUUCUAUCACAUCUUUAGCAACAUCUUCAUACCCAUCUCGGGCCGUUCAGGAGCGACCGAAAAUCCAGAUCUCAUCAUCAGCACUGUCGCGGCGGCCUGUACCAUUUUUGCCACUAGCUUCCUUGUGCCACUCGUCAACCUGCUGCGCAAACCGUACCGUACAAUCGGCACGCUUUUCGCGCUCUUUCUAGUCACGUUAACACUGGCCACAGUUACUCCGGUCGGAUUCCCUUACACUGCACCCGGCGCUACGCCUGCGGACGCGCCCAAGGUGCAGCGCAUACUGGCUCAGCAUACGGUGCGUCAAUUUUUCCAACCGAACGAUACGCAAACGGUACGUUUCACCGACGCUGGCUACCUGUUUCGGCUGUGGGAUCGUCACAACGAGCGUACGGUGCGUGCGGUGCUGGAAGCACGGUACGGAAACGGUACGGGAAGCAGUGCACUCGAUCCAACCCAUUUGCCCGAAUGCAAAACGGAAAUCUUCUGUGGCAUGCCCGUGUCGGCAGUGCGAUUUGAUUCGCUAUGGUCACCCCAAAUCCAAAACCGUCCAAACACACCGGACAUGGUGCAGCUAUCGCUGAAUGGCUGGCAGCUGGUCCAGCGCACUUCCAACAGCUCCCGGAUAAAGCUAGCGUUCAGCUUGAAGGGAAGCUUUCAAUCCUCGCUUCUGGUACGUCCGAGGCGCAACGUAACCUUACACGACUGGAAUCUUACGUCGGAUGUGCCGGCACAGCUUGCAGCUGGCAAACAUAAGGCGUACUUCGUACUGAUCACCCACGGACUCGCGGGAGAACCGAUGACAUUGAUGCUUGAACUGGAAGCUACCAGCAACCCGGCAGACUCGAUGAAUGCGCCUUUGGUGGAUAUCAGCGUCACGUCCAACUUUUGGGAGUACCACGAACACUUUACAGACGAAUUUAGGCGCUUUGUGUCGUCGUUCCCCGGAUGGGCACAUGUAGUACCGUCGGUAACUGUGACAAACGUUUAUAGUUUUUAAAUGUUACAUCGUCCUGCUAAAUUAGCUACAUAAGUUUGGGAAAAAUGGGCGUUUUGUUAAUCUUUCUUGGAAGCGUGGAUUAUUGGCAGCGCGAGACCGAAUCGCGAACGGUAAAAAUGACUGAACUGUAUUGGAAGAUCUGAUCUGAUGUGAUCACAUGCGAAUAAAGGAACUGAGCACAGUGAA